GCGGGUGAAACGGGCUCUCUCAAUCCUCGACUAUGAUGGAAAAUAUUAUACAAUCCAGUGUUUAUUUAAUAACCAUGGCUGCGCUUUGAGACAAACAAGCGCUGCUUCUUUAUAGCAUUGAGAGCUUGUUAUGGUGUCACAGCUGGGAAUGUGGAUGAAACAGCUGGCCACAGUGCGACUGAACUGAUGCAGAAUUUACGGAGGUAAAUCCGACAGGAGAGACAGAGGGGAAAGAGAGAGAGAGAGAGAGAGAGAGAGAACUGGAUGUCAUUCAGCUCGUGAUGGCUUCGGGAAGCUGUUUCAGUGGACCGGAGGAACUCGAGGAUUUAAGCCAUGCACUGAAUUUGAUGAGAGAACUGAAAUGUUUCUACGACUCCCAACUUCUGGUUGAUGUUCGUAUUGAAGUGGACGCAGGACCGGAGACCUCGGGAUGCUCCUCCAGACCGGAAACACAGACAUUUUUCCAGUGUAACCGCAACAUCUUGGCGGCAGCAAGUCCAUAUUUCAAAAGCAUGUUCACAGGAGGGCUGUACGAGAGCACUCAGAGUAAGAUCACGAUUCACGACGUGGACGCGGAGUCCAUGGCGCUCAUUAUAGACUACUGCUACACCGGCAGGGUCAGCAUCACUGAAGCCAAUGUGCAGAAGCUUUACUCAGCUGCCAAUAUGCUGCAGGUCGAGUACAUUAGACACGCCUGCGCUGAUUUCAUGACCAGAAGGCUGGAUUUGUCGAACUGUACAGGCAUCUUGAAAUUUGCAGACACCUUUGACAACAUGGACCUGAAAAGCAAAGCGCAAGCUUUCAUAGCGAAGCACUUUUCUCAGCUCAGUGCCAGCGGUAAGGAGCUGUGUGAACUGGACAUAAAACAAAUCAAAGAGAUUCUCGCUUUGGAUUCCCUCGAUAUUGACUGCGAGAGGAAAGUGUGUGCUGUUGCAGUGUGUUGGAUCGAACAUAAUCUGUCUCUGAAAACGGAAGACGUGUUGUACAUCCUUAAAUGUGUCAGAUGGUCACUGUUCACGGAGAAAGACCGGUUCUAUUUAGAUAGCCUUAAAUCAAAACCUUUUAUUAAAAGACACCUGCCGAGUUUGCCAGAUUUGUCAAAUACGGGAGAGAGCAGUGUCAUUUCUAUGAACCAUACAAAACAGAGAAUUGGGAAAAGUGCAAAAGAAAUGGUCCUGUUUUUUGGCCGACCAAAUGAACCGUUCAUGUGUUAUGACCCGUACACUGAAGAGAUCUACUCCAUGUCAUCCCCUGCCAUUAAUCUCAUGAAUCAGAACUUUAAACGUUCUCCCAUGGAGACGUUUUUAGUUUGCGUCACACCAGAGAACAGCCUGUACAUAGCGUCACACUUGUCAAAGCACUUUUGGGUGUAUGAUCCAUUGCUGAAUUCCUGGCAAGAGCUGGCUGAAAGACUGCUAGGGAGAAUGCAUUCAUACAUUGGCUACCUCAGUGGGCACAUAUACAUUCUUGGUGGUCGGGACCCAGUAUCUGAUGCCAGACUAAAGGAGGUUGAGUGCUAUAGCAUUCAGAGGAACCAGUGGAUGUUUGUCGCUCCUUUGCCUCAUUCCUUGGGCAAGAUGCAAGUUGUGACAGUAAAUGAGCAACUAUAUGUAGUGAACAAGCGAAGAAUAUUGUGCUACGAGCCCAAGAGAAACCAUUGGCUCCAGCGUGGCUCUUUAAAACGCAACAAACUUCACAAAGCCUGUGUCUUUCUGGAUCAGAUCGUCUGUCUUUGUGACAUCCCAGUAGUAAAGGUGUAUAACCCAGUCCGAGGUGAAUGGAGACGCAUCGCAGACAUACCCAUCGAUAGCAGUGCUCUAAACUACCAAGUUGUGCAACACAGAAAUAAACUGCUCCUGCUUACUCUUGCCAUUGUCCAUCACAACAAAAACAGACUUGUCAUACAUGAGUUCGACGCUUCUAGAGACACGUGGAAAAACGUGGUCACCAUGUUCGGGUCCUCGUUUGGCUCAAUAAGUCUCUCUGCACGCAUUUACACGGCUUGCCUUAGUUCAGGACAGAACUUUGUUAGCGAAGAGGAUGAUGACAGUGGUUCCAGUGUAGACUGGGACUUUGGAUUGACUGAUGCCGACUCAGAUUCUGGCAGCUCGAGCUCUUUUUCUGAUGAGAAUUGGUAGCAAACGCUGUCUGGAAAUUUCAGUGUUUAUUUCAUGGCUGUAUUUUUUGUGUAUUUAAGUGACAUAAAAGGUCUUAAAGUGAUACAAAAACUCCAUCUGAUGAUAAGCUUUGCAGAACUGUACAGAUAUUAUGUGGCUGGCCAUAAUUAACAUCAUUUAUGUAACAGCACAGAGGCUUUGCUUUUACUUGAAUUUAUAUUAUUUGUAUCGGUAUUACUGAGUUAAAGGGUACUGUGUUAAUGAAUACCAGAAGAUGAUAAAUUAUUUUCUUAGAUUAAUGAUAACAAAAUUGGUGCUUUUACAGGAUAAAGUGUAUCUUGUUUUUUUAUGCUUUUACAGAUACAGACCAUUUUAAAUAGCCUAUAUUUUCAGUUUUUAAAUACCUAAUACAUUUCAGUUAGAUUUCUAUUUUGGUGCAUAUAACCAUAUUUUGGAUCUUAUUUCUUUACACACAUCUAUUUCACAUUUACAUUUACACGUAGGCACUGAAUGAAUGUGUAUUGAAAGGGUGCCACAUGUCUGAGUUGUCCGAGUUCUCUGUUUCGUGCUACCUGCCUAAAACUUGUAAUUUAUGAGGACUGGAAAUGCUAAGUGUAGAAAUGUGUGUGUGUGUGUGUGUGUGUGUGUGUGUGUUGAAAUGUACUAGCAGCCCAUGAGAGUGUGUAGAGUGUAUUCCUUCCUACAGGGAUUGGCUUUGGAUUCACUGCAGCCCAGACCAGGAUCAAGCUCUUCCUGAAAACGAAUGGAUGUCUGUAGAACAUAAAAUGCUUUAGUGCUCCAGUUUGUUUGUUUAUUCCUAACCAAGCCAUAUUUUA